ACCAUUUGGCGACGUGUACCCGGUGAGUGGAAGUGUUCAGGUAUCUCACCUCUGCCUGGCGAAACGCUGCCAUUGAAACCUUUAAAGCCUUAACGGAGCGAAACCAUGGGAGGUGCGCAGAGUGUGGAGAUACCGGGAGGAGGCUCCGAGGGCUACCACGUCCUCCGGGUUCAGGAGAACUCGCCCGGACACCGAGCGGGACUGGAGCCUUUCUUUGACUUUAUCGUCUCCAUCAACAACACCAGACUGAACAAGGACAAUGACACCUUGAAAGACUUGCUGAAAGCUAGUGUGGAAAAACCAGUUAAGAUGCUGGUUUAUUCCUCAAAGACCCUGGAGCUGAGGGAGUCUACUGUCACCCCGAGCAACCUGUGGGGGGGGCAGGGCUUGCUCGGCGUCUCCAUUCGUUUCUGCAGCUUUGAAGGAGCCAAUGAGAAUGUUUGGCAUGUGCUGGAAGUGGAGCCUAAUUCCCCAGCAGCCCUUGCUGGCUUGCGGCCGCACACGGACUACAUCAUUGGAGCCGACACUGUUAUGAACGAGUCAGAGGACCUCUUCUCUCUGAUAGAGAGCCACGAAGGGAAAGGCCUGAAGCUCUACGUGUACAACACAGACACAGAUAACUGCAGAGAAGUGAUCAUCACACCCAACAGUGCCUGGGGAGGAGAGGGCAGCCUUGGAUGUGGGAUUGGCUAUGGAUACCUCCACAGGAUCCCCACCAGGCCUUUCGAGGAGGGGAAGAAGAUCAGCUUCCCUGGAAACUCUCCCAGUGAGCCCGUCAGUCCGCUGAAGGAUGGAUUCACUGAGGUUCAGCUGUCAGCAGUGACCCCUCCUCCUACCGCACCUGCACCUACUGGCCUUGAAGAUUCACUGUCAGGCCUGUCGAUCGGCACAGCACCGCUCACCGUGCCCAGUGAGCUUCAGACAGGUUUGCCCACAGUCCCUCUGCUCCCUUCCUCCACCAAUCCCGCCCUCAGCCCUCUCACUCCACUGAAUCCUGCCACCACUGGCUUCAACCCCGCCACCACGCUACCAGGUCUGAUGCCCCUCCCAGGUGGCUUACCUCCGCUCCCUAACUUGCCCAACCUCAACCUGCCACUCCCAGAUCUCAGCGCAGUGUCACAACCAGGCACCUUACCAAUCGGAGCUGGAGUCCCAUCUCUGGCCGCUCUCCCACCUCUCAACAUCCCAGGUCUAGCCCCCUUACCCCCACUCCCCACCAUGCUGCCCUCCCAGCUGCCACCACUCCUCCCACAGGGAGUGGUCCCCAUCCUGCCCACCUCCGCUGCUGCUCCUCCAGCCUCGGUCACAGUCACAGCAGCGCCUGUGAUCGAGCCCGCCGCCCCUGCCCCCGAGCCCACAGUCCCCACAGAAGCGGCCUCCACGAACGCCACGGAAUCACCGGCCCCCACGGAAACAACACUAACGUCGUAACCUGGGAGAAAAAUGUCUCGCUUGCCAUCAAACCAAAACACACACCCGGUUUCUCUCUUUACUCCCAGUCUGUCUUUCUCUGUGUUUUUCUAUUUAUUUGGCCAAGAGGGACAGGCAGACACCAGUUCAGAUACAGAGGUCGGCCGUGCUCCAGGUGUAGGUGGGGAAACUCGUGUGGAGCAAUGAAGGAUGAAAGGAUAUGAAGAAUGGGAGGACUUACCAACGUUACCAGAUUGUCACAGAGCCUGUCCAAGCCACUGUACGAGGAGGACGAGGGCUACUCUUCGGUUUGUAGUUCGCUUCGCACUUCUGCUGUUACAACAGAGCAAUGAGAACUUUCUUAGGACUUUCCCCUUUCUGAUCUGGCAAUCCUCUGUUUCACACUUAUUUUUUAUAUAAACAGCGUAUAUAAAUGGGGCUGGACGAUAAAUCGAAUUUACUGAACUACAUCAUGAAUCCUUUAUAAACUGGAAGUCCCACCAUUAAACAGCUCUGAGUCCAGUGGUCAUUGAACUGGUCAUACUGUAAUAAAUCAUAAUGAUAUCAGAAGCGGACCGAGAGAGGAAACAUCAUGCGCUGCUGUAUUAAAACACGUCAAUGAUAAUAAAGGUAAAUAUGAACUAUCAUCCAGCCCUAACAUGUAACCAUUUAUUAUUAGUUUAAUAGACCCAGUGACCAAUAGAUUAAUUUGAAUGACAUGUAUUAAUUUUUGUUGAAAUUGCUGUAUGAGUGUCUCCACCCCAAUGAAUGAAUCUGCAUUAUUUUGCACCACCUUUGUGUUUUGAAAUUAAUAGUUUGUCCCUUUUGUAUGUCUCCACGUAUAUCCACAACUCGACAGUAUCCGUCUCUACCACACAGGGAUGGUGACAGCCUGAAGGCCGCGCCAGAGGGGACACAGGUUUACGGUUACUACUGAGUAGAGUGUCUGCUGUCGGGUGAUCAGUAGGUAGGGUGAAACAUUGGUGCAGGGGUAUUAGUUACACUGUACAUCUCCUUCUGGUGGGCCAAAGCGAAUGGGUAGGCAGCGUUGCAGUGAUGCAGUAGAACCACAGGGUGUCACUGUAACACAGCUUUCUGAAAACAUCUACACUGUGCACAGUGUGAGCAAUAAAGCCAAAUUAAUUUUA